CGCGAGACUUCCUUCGGGGGGAAAAGGGAUUCCACGAAUAAAUAUCUGAAAUCCGAGUUAUUUAACUGGAUAAUAAACGUCGGUGUAGGUGAGUGGUGGUCCCGAAGAAAAACACAAAAGGAUUACACACAGCAAUGGAGGAGAGCUGCAUGUCUGGAGAAGGAAGUGACCAUAUGGGGUUGGUGCCAAAAGGUAGAAGCAUGAUGCUGGAAGACUAUCUCCAACUUGCUGAUGAUCUUCAAAAAGCCUGCAAUACUAUGACUUCUGUGCCUGGGAGCUUGAAGCUCAAGCGUCUGAUUCACACAGAAGCAGAAUUUCUCAGAACGUUAGGAAAGAAGAAAAAAGUGGAACAAGCAGCACAACUGGCCAGUAGCAACCUCAACCACUAUGCUGCUAUCCUACAUGCUGCCGCCUACCUACCUGGUGUCACACGCCUCCUACAACCUGUCUCCUGCUCCAAUCAGUUUUACAGUAACUCUUCGCACCUUGUCAGCGGUACCAAAAUGCUGCUCGUAGAUGUAGUUGCGGCAGAAGGGAAUGCUUGGGUCAAAGUUGUAGCACGGAAAAGUAAAGCACUGCACCAAGCAUGGCUUGGGCAAGGCCAGUCAGGUGAGCGGGAUGUGGUACAACAGGCACAAGAGUAUCUGGCCUGUGCAGCAUGCCACCCUGUCAAUUUUAAGCCACCAUCUUUCCACAUGGCUUUUUAUGGAGGCAUCACACAGCCCCUGUCUAAUGCUCUCGCUCAUCAUGGAGUGAUUGUGUGGGGUGGCAUUGUUGAUGUUGAUAAGGUGCUGCAGAGGCUGAGCAAUCUUCACUGCUUCGAUCUAGCGAGUAGCAGCAAAGCAAAAGAUGAUUUGGAAUGUGAUAGGGUGCUGUGUGAUGAUGAUCUAGAGUGUGAUGGCGAUGACAGUGUGGACAACAGUGGAGGAUGGAGAGAAAACGAGCAAACACGGGAAGUAUUUUUCAGCAAAUUUCAGGGCAGAAGAGGGUCCGAUAGAUCAGGUGGUACUAAAGCGCCAAAGAGCAGCCUCAAUGCGUUGGACCAUGAAGAAUGUUGGCCGGGUUACCAGAAUACCUGUGAUGAUACCUGUGAUGUCGAUGUUGUAUUUGGCAAAUCAUCUGCAGAUCCAAACACACCUGCUGUCUUGGAGAAGAAACUGUUUGACUGCAGCAUCUUUUCAACACAAGAUAAGCUUUGUAAUGAUGAUGUUCAGAAACCACUGUUUGUAUGUGAUUCUGGUAAACAGGCCAGGUUUAUCAUUGAAGAAAGCUUAUUGUCUUUGCUACUGGUUUGUCAGCCUGAUUAUGCUUCUUUUAGCAGCAAGACCAAUGUCAAAGAUAAAACCCAGCAACAGGUGGCAACAGUAAAUUUGGAUAUCACCACCCUUAUUUGCCUCAUUUCAUCAGUCUGCAAUGGAAACUGUCAUCUGCGCUUCACCGACCCAAUUCUAGACCAACAGGCAAUGGAGGAGCGUGUCAGUCCAGUGUUGCCUUCCCUUCAGAAGUUCUUGCAAGGUAAGGCUCUUGUGGUAUGCCAGACAGCGCUGAAAGGAUUUAGAGACAUUGUGGCAGUGACAGCUGGACCAAAAGAACGAGAACGGGCAGAAAACCUGCUUAAUUUUGUGGCGAUAGUGGAUGACCAGCCUUCACCUCGUGCUUCAAAUCUUAAAUCACAAGGCAGGGUCAAGGAAAGGUCAAAGGUAAUCUUUGGCACAGGUGACACAUUACAUGCAGUCACAGUGACUGCAAAUUCUGGAUUUAUAAGAGCAGCAGAAUGUCAAGGUGUGAGCUUUACAGUACACGUACAUCAGGCUCGGGCGUUAACAGAACAAAAGGAAGCAGAUGCAAAGCCACUUUAAAGCUUCACUUUUCUUGCAGCAGAUAUGUAAGAUUGUGUAUGAUGUAGUCACAUUCCUGUACAUAAUUUCUAGGCAUUGUGUGCAAGGUGAGGUGCUCAGCCUCUUUUUUCUUACGAUAACAAACCAAGAAUGUGAUUUGUUUCAUAAUUUUGUUUCCUUGCAUUUCACCUUGAUGUGCUAUCACCCACGCAGCAUUGCUGUUCCGUUUAUUUUUAGUGUAUCCUUGGCCAGUUUUAUUAUAGAUGAUCUUGGAUGUGUUUUGAAUAGCAUUUACGCGUUCUACUGUCAGAAACAACUUUUAAUUAUCACUUGGAACUCAAUAUUAACUCAUAAGUCUUUCUACAGCAGUUUAUUUUUUAAAAUGCUGACUCUUUCAGUUCUGACUUCAAGCUUCUAGCUCAGCUAUCCUGAUGUGGUUUUCUUAUUAAAGUGGACUGGAAUGAAUCAACUUCUUCAUCCUUAGGAAAAUAAUAGCAUAAGUUGGUUGGUUUUAUUUUUCAGGAAUUACUGUCAAUGCUUUUGUUUUAGGAUGAUUAGUUUGAUUUCCUUAGGACGAACUGAACUGCAGAAAAUGGAUUUUUGUUUACUCUUCUUAUAAAAUGUAUUUUACAUAUUGUAUGUAGUGAUAUAUUCUGUAAAUAAAAUUUAACACUAUAAA